CAAGUAGUUUUAAAUACAUGAAUUUAAUCCCACCGUGUGCCGAUUGCCAUUAAUCUUAUCAAUUCAGACGUCAUAAAGUGGAGUGAAUCUGUCACAUAUCUCAUUAAUUAUUCGUACUAUAUAUACAUAGUGUAAUAACUAAAACACUGCAUAUUAAAAUAUAAAACAGUAAUAAGCUAAUAUAAAUAUAAUUAAUUAUAUAUUUACAAUUAACUGAAAUUAAAGAAGCAGAAGUGGUAAUUAAUAUAAGAUAGGGAAUUAUAACAAACUAAUACUCUUAAUUUGAUUUUAAAUACAUAAUUAUAUAAUGAUUUUUUAAAUAAGGUGUAAUUAAUUAUAUUAUUAUACAAUUUAAUUUUGAAUUAAAAGAAGCAAAAGUGAUAAAAACACAGUGAAUUAUAUUAAAACGUUAUUUAAAAAUAAAAUAAAAUAUAACUAUUUUUUUAUAUUAUAUAAUAAUAAUAAAGUAGAAUUUCUUUAUAUAAUUUAAUUUUGAAAUUAAAUAAGCAGAAUCGUAAAUAAUAAGAUAUAAAAUAUAAAUAAACAAAAAUGAAGAAAGAAUUAGUGAAACGAUUGCUGCGGACACAUCAAGUUUUUUGUCUAGUUAGAAAUAACUCGACCAAAAGUGUAGACAAUUUCCUAAAGUUUUACAGUGAACAAAACUGUGUAACAAACAAGUAUCGAGUGCUUACGGGACAAGAUUAUGUCAGAUUCAUCAGUAAGAAGAACUCCCUCAGGGAACCAGCUCUGACCAGGUUGCUUGCGGCAUUGGCCUGCAAGAUGGACAAACAAGCUAUUUCUCUAGCUGAAGGGGUACCAAAUGAAGGGGUGUUCCCAUAUACCAGGCUUCAAAUGGAUACCAGAGACGGAAGAGGACUGGUAAUAGAGGGGAAGGAUAUGGCUGUUGCAUUACAGUAUACACCAUCGCAAGGUCUUCCGGCCCUGCUGACAGAGAUACGUCAGUUCCAACACGACUUGCAUCGUCCGCCACCCAUUCCGCGGGACGUGAUGGUCACUAAUGGUAGUCAACAAGGGAUCUACCAAUGCAUCGAACUCUUAGUAGAACCAGGUGACCCGGUCAUGAAGAGCGAAUAUUCAUAUCCCGGCAUAAAUGUUGCCUUAAAACCAUAUCAACCAGAAAUCGUCAACAUCUCAGAAGACUACGAUGGUUUGGUCCCCGAAUCUUUAGAGUCCACGCUGGAAGAUAGACUAGUUCGUGGCUUGAAAAUGCCAAAAUUAUUGUAUGUGACACCAACUGGUAGCAAUCCUGCAGGGACGGUCAUACCUGAAGAGAGAAGGAAGAAGAUAUAUGAUCUUGCUUGCAGAUAUGACUUUCUGAUCCUUGAGGAUGAUGCAUAUAUGUUCCUGAAUUAUGAUGAGGUACACCCUCCCUCAUUUUUAUCAUUAGACACUUGCGGUCGCGUGAUCCGGUUGGAUUCCUUUUCGAAGGUGAUCAGCGCUGGUCUUCGAGCUGCAUGGGUGACUGCGCCAACGGCUUUGCUUCAGCGGUUGGAACUGCACAUGCAAGCUGAGAUGCUUCAUAGUUGCACUCUCUCCCAAGCGAUCCUGCUCCGGUUGCUAUCGCACCGACCGUCGCUGGUAUCUUACCUGCAGAAUGCGCGCGCCCUCUAUCGACGGCGGCGUGAUGCCUUGCAAGGCAGGCUGGAGGCACAUCUGCGACCUCUAGCGGAUUGGUGCACACCUCGUGCCGGUCUCUUCAUUUGGUUGCGCGUGCACAAUGUCGAUGACGUGUACAAUAUGGUAUUUCAGACGGCAUUCGAGCGUGGCCUCAUUUUGAUACCUGGAAAUGCUUUUCAAUACGACACAAGCGCUCCCUGUCAAUAUUUACGGUUGACGUUUAGUAAAAUUUCAUUUGAAGACAUGGAUAUAGCAGCACGACAUCUGGCGGAUAUAAUCAGAGACGAGCAACGACGAACAUUACAUAAAGAACCCCAAAGGUUAGCUACCGAACGCUAGAUGGCGAAACUAGAUAAAAUAAUACGCUUAAGAAAUAUCUUUUCAAAUUAUUGUAUUAAUGAUUUGAUACGUGUAUGUGCCUAUAAUAAUAGCAAUUAUUAUUCAUAAAAUUUCAAGUUUAUUAAUGCUAUCGUAAUUGUGAAUUUAUUAUAAUUAUAUAAAAAUAAUAUUAGAACGCUAGUUGCUUGAAGUGAUAUAAAUGAUGUACUUAUAAAUGCCCGUUAAAUAUUUAAUAUAUUUUA